CACUUACUUUCUGACUAAUAGUUUGAGGAAAUACCGGAAACAUCGUGAUUGCUUCGCGUGGUGUUUCGCUGUCUGUGGUUGAAGAGAGACCUGAACAGACAGUCAGGAGCUGUCUGUGUUUCCAGGAUUCCUCCUCUCUCUUUCUCUGUCUGUCCCCGUUUAUUUCUGACCUGAAUUUUAAAGAAAUGGACCCACACGAUGAUCUUCGGCGAAGAGAUGACAGCACUCCAGCAGAUUCAACAGAUCCUCCACCGAGGAUGACAAGACAGCAGAAACUCACUUUAAUAUCAAUGGCAUCUGUCAACUUCAGCUCAAUGAUCUGUUACUCAAUAUUAGGCCCAUUUUUCCGUAAUGAGGCAGUAAAGAAAGGAGCCAGUCAGACUGUUAUUGGUCUCAUAUUUGGCUGCUAUGCUGUCUGCAAUUUGAUUGGUUCACUGAUACUAGGAAAAUAUAUUGUCCAAAUUGGUGCAAAGUUCAUGCUUGUUACGGGGCUUUUUGUGUCAUCAGGCUGCACCAUUCUGUUUGGAUUACUAGAUCGGGUUCCUGCAGGUCCUGCCUUCAUUACUAUGUGCUUUGUAGUGAGGUCUGUUGACGCUGUGGGCUUUGCUGCUGCGAUGACCUCCUCUUUUGCAUUGACAGCAAAAAUAUUCCCAAACAAUGUGGCAACUGUUUUGGGUAGUUUGGAGAUUUUCACAGGACUUGGUCUUAUCAUGGGACCACCGGUCGGAGGGUGGUUCUACCAGUCAUUUGGAUAUGAAGUCCCUUUUAUGCUUCUUGGGUGUUUCCUAUUGAUUAUGGUUCCUUUCAACAUUUACAUCUUGCCAACCAUUGAUGCAGACCCGUCAAAGGAUUCAUUCUUUGGGCUUCUCACUCAUGUGAAAAUAGUGCUGAUCUGCUAUGUUAUAUUCACUCUAAGUGCAGGUCUGGGCUUCUUGGAUGCCACGUUGUCCCUGUUUGCUAUUGAUACGUUUAAUCUCUCAACUGGCUACGUCGGACUCAUCAUGCUUGGUUUGUCUUUACCUUAUUGCCUAGCAUCACCACUGAUGGGGUAUUUCACUGAUAAAUAUCCUGCUACCAGGAGUUGGUUCAUGGUGACAGGAGCCGUCGCCACAGCGUUUGGCUUCUUUUUGCUUGGUCCCGUCCCUUUCCUUCACAUCCCAAAUCAGCUGUGGUUGCUGGUCGUCAUGCUUGGUGUAAUUGGGUUUUCUCUGGGCAUGACUGCCAUCCCCACGUUCCCUGAGAUCAUCACAUGUGCAUAUGAACAAGGAUUUGAUGAGGGACUAAGUACUCUUGGAAUGGUGUCUGGACUGUUUGGGGCGGUCUGGUCCAUGGGGAUGUUUUAUGGCCCAGUUGUGGGUGGCCUCAUCACACAACAUCUAAGCUUUGAAUGGGCAGCUGCUGUCCAAGGAGGCUUGGCGUUUUUGGGUGCCUUUUCCUUGGCUGUGUAUUAUCUCUAUCAACGAAUACGACGACAAAGUGUUCAAGAAGAUCGGAGUAGACAGAGUGAAGAAACCACCCCUCUCCUGAAUGAGUGAAACCCUCAGCAAUAUGUAGAGGGAUGCCAUACCGAACAUAAGCUGACCUUACUAUUUCAGCUCCCUGUGGAUAUGAAGUAACACAAAUUGUUUUUCAUUAUUAUUAAUUGCUAUGUAACUCUUAAAUUAUAAACCCUUGUGUAACAGGAAUUGUAAUGAUUUUUACUUGGGAUGUUUUGUUAAGUUUGAACUGUUUGAAGUAGGUACUGCUACAUAGCCUUAAAACAACGCCAUAUAACUAUUAUUGAACUUUAAUUUAGAACUUUUAAGAGUCAGAUUAUCAUUUGAGACUAUGCAGUAAAUUACAAGGUGCAAUAUUUUAUCUGUGAGGACGAUAAUUCUAUAGUGCUGCUGCAUUAACGUUUUUAAUGUUUUCUACAUCACAUGACUUUGAUUUCAUGAUGACUAGAUUAGUAACAUGAAGCAACGGUUUUAUAAUAUUGUUUUUAGAGUGAUACAUUAUACAGGUUAUAUUGAAUGGUACAUAAUAUACAGUAUAAUUUAAUAUAACAGGGAGCAUCAUGUCACUUUUUUUCUGCAGUUAGUGAUGUUUUGCCUUCUUUUCUGACUGAAAUAUUUAAAGACAAGAAAUCUCAACUUUUUUACUGAUUUGAAUAAAAAUGGUAAAUAUGUAA